AAACGGAGCCCCCCCGAAGGCUCUAGUCCGACCUCUUUAGUUCAUAUAAUCGCAGUAGCCCGAAUAACCUAUUCCAAGAACGCUCGUUAGCGUUUAUAAUUCUCGGAUUUUUCAGCAGGAAUAGUUUACGAAGAAUAAUCUGCUGAAAUGAGUAAGGCACAUCCUCCAGAACUGAAAAAGUACAUGGAUAAAAAAUUAUCCCUAAAAUUGAACGGAGGGAGGCACGUUGUGGGUAUCCUUAGGGGGUUUGAUCCUUUCAUGAACAUGGUCAUUGAUGAAAGUGUUGAAGAAUGUAAGGAUGGCACGAAAAACAACAUUGGAAUGGUGGUAAUUCGAGGUAACAGUGUAAUUAUGCUGGAGGCUCUGGACAGAAUAUGACUCUCAUUACAAAAAAAGAUUAUUUCAUUUGUAAAUUAACAUUAAUCUCCCUAAUUAAUUAGUAAAUUACCAAAAACAUUUUUUAAAUUUUGUACCGACAGGAAUAAUCGACAACCUGCCUCAAAAAUGUAAUACUGAAUGUAUAAAUAUAUUAUUUCAAUUCAAUUCUCAUUACAAAAAUGUCCACAGAUCAACUUGAAGCUUAUAUCUUUAUUACGAUAAACUCAGAUGAUGAAACAAAUUUCACUUGGUUUGACAUCAUUUUUUAAUAAUAAUUUUGAAAGGCACUGUGGAAACAUCAGGAAUCCUGAUCCUGAUCGAGGAACAUCAUCAUUCGAUUAAAUAAUAUAAGUGAUGUGAGAAUAUUAAAAAAAAAUAUGCAAAAUGGAAAUUAGUUUUGAGUGUGGUUGACAUUAUCGUCGAUUCUUCUCUGUUGACUAGAGUUAGAACAUGAAACACUCAAUUCUAUCUCACUAGUUAAAAUAUCUUGUAAGAUCUAUCCCACUGGAGAAUUGGCAAUUAUUCCAUAAUUAACAAAUUUCAGUAGUCCACACAAUCACCAAAAUUAGACAAUUAUCACUGUCAAUUUAUCACAUUACUUGUGAACGUGAUGUAUUUCAACCCGCGACGUGAGCAAAUGUGAUGCAACUUUUAAAAAUACAAAGUUUGGAGUCAUGUCUCAUCGGUGAAUUGCUGAAAAAAAAAAACAAAAACAACAGUAAAUGAAAAAAUAAAUGAUUAUAACGUUUGGACAAUUGUAGCAGACCUGUCUGACAAGUAAAUUAUUAAAAUAUAAGAACAUAAUGAGUGA